AUGUCCUUCGUUAAGGGACCAUACUCCUACAAAGUCCUUCUUCUCAAUACCGACACAAAUCUCACCUUACAGGUCGGUUAUACUGGUAUCCUCCCAGCAGCUAUCCAGAUAUGCUUACCAUACAUCAUAUUCAUGUCGGAAUCCAAUAAGGGGACUAAAAUCAAAGUUCAAGUCAGAGAGCUUCCAAAAGAGUUGUUCUCUAAUACAAUGGUCGAAUAUAAACCUUACCAAGACGACUCCGACAUCCCCUGGGCUAACUGGCACUCCUCAGUCGUCGAUUAUGAAAGCGACACCCAACCAGCGGAUUCAAUACGAGUUGAACGAGUUGAAAAUAUGGACAGUUCCUCCGAGCUAAAAUCCAUCACAGUCUUGGCCCGCCGCUGUUCAUGGAAUGGUACGGCUAAUCUCGAGCAGAUGGCCGUUUUUCAUUUUCCUGUCGACACAUCUCGGCGUAAUGUGCAUAUUACCGAGUGGCCAGCGACAUACACAUUCUCCAUACCGAGUUUGAAUGGAACAUGGCAUAAUUUCAUGGGUUCGACAGGAAGACGGACGGUCUGUUUUUCCCAGCAAAGGGUUAACAACAGGACGGAGGAAGUCUUGAUGAAGGCGUCGCUUCCUAAAAACGACAGCAUGGCUCCGAUUGUUCACCGUUUGCUGGUGCCAGAAAUGGAUUUGCCAUUUGAUCCACACCAAUGCAGCAGAAUAUACCUAGAAGAGGCUACUGGCCGUUUAUUUGUCACAUUGAAGACGGGAGGAGCGUAUUUGCUGGAACUUGGUCCGAUAAACCAUUUGUAA